GGCCGGGAGCGGCGGCAGGAUGUAGCAGCGGAUUAACAGAGGAGAGAGGGGCGCUCAGAGGACGAGAGCGGGAGCGAGCGGACUGCGGUGGGACGGAGGGGACAUGGGGAAGGACCAGGAGCUGCUCCAGGCCGUGAAGACCGAGGACCUGCUGACUGCACAGCGGCUUCUUCAGAGACCACGGCCGGGGAAAGCUAAGCUCCUUGGAGCAGCAAAGAGGGUGAAUGUCAACAUCCAGGAUGCAGAUGGGUUGUCGCCGCUGCACCAUGCUGCUCUGAGUGGGAACAAGGAGCUGAUCGCUCUCCUGUUGGAGGCUCAGGCUGCAGUGGAUAUAAAAGACAAUAAAGGGAUGCGUCCUCUGCAUUAUGCUGCAUGGCAGGGGAAAACUGAGCCAAUGAAAAUGCUGCUGAAGUCUGGGUCGUCAGUCAACGGACAGUCAGACGAAGGACAGAUUCCUCUCCACCUGUCAGCUCAGCAUGGACACUAUGACGGGUCGGAGAUGUUGCUGCAGCACCAGUCCAACCCGUGCAUCUCAGACUCAGCUGGUAAAACACCUCUGGACCUGGCCUGUGAAUUUGGACGUGUCGGAGUGGUCCAGCUCCUGCUCAGCAGUAACAUGUGCGCAGCCAUGAUAGAACCCAAGCCCUCCGACCCCAACGGAGUGUCGCCGCUGCAUCUCGCCGCCAAGAACGGACACAUCGAAGUCAUACGGCUGCUGAUUCAAGCUGGUAUAGAUAUAAACAGGCAGUCCGAGUCUGGCACAGCACUACAUCAGGCUGCCCUCUGUGGGAAGACAGAGGUAGUGCGCCUGCUGCUGGAUAGUGGCAUCAGUGCGGGAGUCAGAAACACGCUGAGUCAAACGGCUCUGGACAUUGUUAACCAGUUCACCACCACACAGGCCAGUCGGGAGAUCAAACAACUCCUGAGAGACGCUUCGGCUGCGAUGCAAGUGCGAGCUCUGAAGGAUUACUGCAACAACUACGACCUGACCAGCCUCAACAUCAAAGCUGGAGACAUUAUCACGGUGUUGGAGCAGCACUCUGAUGGCCGAUGGAAGGGCUGUAUUCACGACAACCGCACAGGAAAUGACCGUGUGGGAUACUUUCCCUCCAACAUGGUGGAAGUGAUCAAGAGGGCAGGUCACUCCCCCUCCCAGCAGUGCCACACCCUCCUGCUCCGCAGGCCCAACCCUUGUCCCAUUGCCUCGGUCAACGGACACUCAUACCCCCCCACCAAAGUCCUCCCCCUGCAUCUGCCGUCCCCUCCUCCCCCUCACCCCAACACACAGUCCCUCCCUCGGUUCUCCUCCUUUGGGUACGUUCCUAUUCCCAUCUCUCCUCCUUCUCUGUCUACUUCUCAACUGUCCAUUCCUCCUCCUCCCCCUCCUCCUCCUCCUCCUCCUCCUCCUCCUCCUCUCUCCACUUCUCAGGAGCAGCAGAGUCAGACAGGUUCACGGACAGCAGAGCAGAGUCCUCAAGGCUCUCCGACCUUAGGACAUCAGAGUAGCACCAGUGAGGAUAUCUGGGUGCUACGCAAACCGCUGGCAGGUGGCGACCGCAGUGGCAGUGUGGGCAGCCUCGGCAGCGCUCGGUCAUCGAGCAGCUUGCAGAGCUCUGGAAACACACACGUUCUAACCACCCCAGCACCAAGUCCACACCCGGCACCCACACCGGGAGUCAACACACACGGCCUUAACGCGCCAGGCCUGCACGCACAAGCCGAAGGAGUGAAGCUCCUGGCCACUGUGCUUUCCCAGUCAGUAAAAGCAAAGGAACAUCUCUUGGAGCAGUCACAGUCUGUUGAACAGUCAGCGAGCUCUACCAGUUGCACAGUUCAUGAACAGCGGUCGUUUGAGCGGAAGGCAGAAGAGGAUGAUGGGAAAAAGCAGGCAGUAGUGGCGUGGCUGGGUGAGUUUCAGCUGCAGUUCUACACCACCCACUUCCUCACCGCGGGAUAUGAUCUAGACACCAUUAGCCGUGUGACCCCUGAGGACCUGACAGCAAUUGGGGUCAUGAAGCCUGGACAUCGGAAAAAGUUAACGACAGAGAUCAGCAAGCUGCCCACCACGGACUGGCUGCCGGAUCACAAACCUGCUAAUCUGGCAGACUGGCUUUCUCACCUGGGUCUCAGUCAGUACUACCAGGUUCUGGUGCAGAAUGGGUAUGAAAACAUUGACUUUGUUUCCGACAUCAGCCUGGAGGAUCUGCAAGAGAUUGGCAUCACUAAGCUCGGCCAUCAGAAGAAACUGAUGUUGGGAGUGAGGAGACUGAAGGAGUUGCAGAAAGGAGAAAGUGGUUCCGAGCCUCCUCAGAGCCCCUUGACGCCUCCAUCCAGUCCAGGUGGCAGCACCAGCUCAGAGCCUCGGAAGGAAGCACGGAAGCAGAGGGAUGGUGUUCCCAGUCCGCUGCCCAAACCCCGUCCAGGUCUGGAACAUUCACAGACCCCUCCCCAUACACCUACGCACACUCCACCACAAACCCCGCAACAUGCCCGCACCAAGCAGGCGUCCCCCAGGGCACGACCCCGCCCUUCCACCCAGCUAACAGCGGUAGAUUCGCCCGUCCCUCUGCUGCAGCUUCCCAGCGAGGAGGAAGACCGACGGAGAACUCACAGCCUGACUGGCCCAGAAUCGGACUCUAGAUAUGCCACUGUGUGCCGCAGCAGCUCUGCACGUACUGCUGUCUCUAAUGAUGUCACCGUUAACCGCAGCCAAUCAUCCGUCACCCUCCGUCCGCGCCGAAAAGGUCGGCCACCGACACCACCAAAACGCUCCUGUUCUUCCAUUACCGGGGGUGACGGGGAGGGAGAGGGACAGGUUGACGGACUACUUGGACUGCCAACCUAUCGAGAGAGGCGAGCUAGUGACUGUGGCAGCCUGGGGUCGGCUUUAAAAGUUCAAGAGUCAGCCGGCUUGGAGAGAUCAGACGGGGCUUCUGGGAGUGUCCGCAGCCUCGCUGCCAUGCUGGAAACGUCGAUGGGUGGCGCCAAAACCCUGCCAAAGAAUCUCGGAAGCAGCACCUACUUACAGGUGAGUCCACCCAUGCUUCGUCGCCAGGCCCACGCAGGAGGUCUUGGAUCGGAGGAUUAUGAUUCCAUAAGUCGUCGCAGGACCAUCAGUGGACUAGAGAGCAUCCCCGGUGAACAGACUGACCCGUUACUCCGGCAACCAGCCAAGCAGCGCCCAGAGCCCAGGCCCCGCUCCACUGUGGUCUCCUCAGCAUCAGAGAUCACAGAUGGCACAGUGACACUCCGGAGGAAGCCUCGUCCCCCAGCAACAGACUCUGAAACACCAGCAUCGGUAGCUACCACUGUUGUUACCAUGACAACUGGCUCUGAAACCAUACGAAGGAGGCCCCGCAUGUCUGAUCAAACAGAAAAUGGAAUUAAAAGCAAUAACCAGUCGGACUCUGUGAACAGUCACACGGACGGCAGCUGGAAAAGUGGAGGUGAGUUGCAGCACAAUGGCAGCGUGGUCCUGAGGCAGAGGCCAGUGUCUCAGGUCUCCGACAGGACGGAGACCAACACUGAGAGCUGUGAGUGGAUGGAGGCCAGGAAGUCACUAAAGCCAGCGGUCUCACCCAAACCAGUCACUCUGAGAAAGACACAAGCUGAUCCCCCAACACCAACGCGCAGGGUCCCCAUCCCCGGGCCUGAUUAUGCAGAGAAGGCACAGAGUCCUGAUUCGAAGCGUGUCCCUCCUCCUGUAUCCCCAAAGCCCCGCGGACCCCCCACAGCUCCUAAACCAGGCAAGACAACAGUCGCUUCGGCCGCCAUGAGCCCGAGUCCUGUUACUACCAGUCCCACCCUGACACCCAAAUCCUCCUCUCCACAUUCUGCUGCCCCGCUUCCUGCUCCCGACCACCCCUCUGCUCCCUCCCUCUCUCCAGGUCUCCCUCUAGCAUCCCCGUCCCCAGCCCAGAGUCCCUCCACACCUUCAUCCCACCCUGUCAAACCUCCCCGCUCCUCCAUCGCUGGGCUCUCCAUUGACCUUCUGGGUGGACGGGAGGUGGAGGAGGAAGAGGAGAAGAGGCGAGAGAAGGAGGAGGAGGAGAGGAGUAGAGAGAGGGAGUACAAGAGGCACAAAGAACAGGAGGAGGAGGAGAGGAAGAGAGCAGAAGAAGAGAGUCCGAGGGAGCAGGAGAAGAAACCCUCAAUGGAAGGAGCGAGAGAGGAGGUGGAGUGUCACGUCGAGGGAGCGGAGCAGGAGGAGGUGGUGCAGCAUCAUUUGGAGGAGACCAGUUCCUCCUUGGCUGCAGCUCUGCAGGCUGUAGAGCACAAAAUCAAAGAGGAGGACGCAAAAAACGACUCUCUUUCCAGCAAAAAGACAACAGUCUCCAUCUUGGACGACAUCGGCAGCAUGUUUGACGACUUGGCCGACCAACUGGACGCGAUGCUCGACUGAUCUCCUGCCAGCAUCUCAUUUGCGACGACUCCUCUCCCCCGCUCCCCCGUCAUGUGUAGGUGUAUGAAGACAGCUUUCCCGAGGAUUCACGCUGGUGCUCUGAGCCUGUGUGUGUGUGUGUGUGUGUGACAGAGAGAGAUAGAGAGAGAGCGUGUCCUUCCAGUGUGAGUGCUUCUCAUGUAGCCUUGCACACUGAGGAGGGAGUCUUCCUCAUCUUGUGCAGUAGCUCUAGUCGGCCUCUCAAAGUGAGGAGGCUGCUCCCACACAACCUCUGACCUCUGCAGCCCAGCGAGACAGUGUGGACCGAGAAGCACAAUCAUCUCCACAUCCUUUCGUCUCUACUGACUCUGGGGUCGGACAGAGGGAUAAGCAUAUUGCUUGCAACAACAACAAAAAAGAAUAUAUAUAUACAGUAUAUAUAUAUAUAUAUAGCACACAAACUGACAGAUAGAUAGCUAGGCAGAAGUGAUGCAUACAGAUGAGACACUGGAGAGGAUUUUUAGAAGCACACGCAAAAAGACGGGCCGCUUUCUGAGUCCGUCUCACUCCUGCGACGCCGACAGGAUGCAAUUUUCCAGAUGAAUCGUAGACUCUGUUUCUCUUCUGUAUGAGUGGGGGAUUGUGGCGAGCGUCACUUCCUGAGCCGUGUGUCAUCUCUGUUCAUGUCGUUGUUGUUGCUGUUGUUGUUAUUAUUAUUGUUGUUGUUGUUGUU